CGGGGCUCGACGCGCUGCAAGGAGAUCGCCUUCGCCCACGUCAAAGCCGUCGAGUGCGUGGAGUGGAAGCAGCGGCACAUCUACUUCACGGUGGUGACGGACGGCGGCGCCGAGAUCGACUUCCGCUGCCCGCAGGAGGAGCCCAGCUGGAACGCCGACAUCACCCUGGCCCUGGUGCGCUUCAAGAACCAGCAGGCGGUGCAGAUCGUGCGCGCCAGGCAGAGCUGCCGGGCCGCGUUUCAACAUGAGGGAGCCCCAAACAACCAAACACUCCUGAAUGGGUCAAAGGAGUCAGACCGUCAACUCAACACAGAGAAAGCAAAAGAGCUGAGGGUGAAUUUACCUGACAACCCACAGAAGGCAAUUUCCAGCUGCAACUGAAUGUGGACUUGUUGAUUCUCUUCUUUGGUAUCGGUGCUGGAAAAUGAAGUGAUUCCAGAAGCAACCUGCAAAACCUGGAUCACAAGUUAUCAGUAGACUGGGAUUCUGUUUACCUGCUGUGCCUUUGUUGUGAUACUCACCAGCUUUGAUCUCUUGAGAAAGCCUCCUUCCAAACUGCUGUGGGACAGGUGGAUUAACUUCCUGUCCUCAGUCCCUUUAUUCAUGGUGGACUUAAGGGGGAAAGAUUGAAGACACAGAUGAGAAAGAGAAUCAUUCCUUCACUUGAUAUACCAGGAGCCUGAUGCUGGAUGGACAGCACUGGAAUCAACUAAAUCAUGAGAGGACAGCAAAUAACUGUGGACCUGCUGCUUUGAUCUGAAAAGUCAUAUGUGAUACCAGCAGCAUUUGACCCAGACUGUAUGCCAAGUUAAGCACCUUAAAAGUGUUGCCUCUGUAGUAUUGUUCCUUGAGGCCUUCUGCAUAGAAUAGGGAGAAGGCUGGCUGAGCCAGGGUCCUGCCUAGACAACCCCUGGAUGCUGUUCACUGGAUUACACCAAAGUCCUAGGUUGUGCAACAAUGCACUGUCUAUGCUAGUGGUAUAACUGGUGGGAAUGAAGUCAGCAAUAAAAUAGGAGCGCUCACAACUGUGAGUAUCCCUGUUUGGAAUGCCUGCAAGGAGGAGUAAAGUGAGCAGGCUUUCCUAUGAAUGCUGCUACCACCUUUAUCUUCCUGUGCUCCAAGGCUCGCCCAUUGUCUUACUGAGGGGCAUGGGAAGGGGGCGGGCACAAGAAUCUGGACCUUCUCAGUGCCUUUGUGAAGUGUCUUUAUCUGUCAAGACUGGACAUAGGAUUACAACCUUAAAAUCAUCAGAAAAAGAGGAGGCGAUUCAGAACAUUUCACCAAGCCUUGUGAAGAUGGGAUAAUGGGGAUGCUCAUUCACUCCAAAUUACAAGUCAUUAGAGCCUUGAAAAGGAAUGAGCAUGGAGUCUAAGAUACAUGGGGCUGUAUGUGCCAUAUAUCAUCAUCCUCUUCAACAUCCCCAUCCUGCUUGUUCAAUACUUUCCUGUAUUGAAUGGGAAGCUAUGAAGGGGCUUCUCUGCAUCCUUCAGAGCUUGAACGAGAGUAGAAGUUGCUGUGGGAUGAACCUUAUGUUGCCAGUUCUGGGGGAGGAGGUUUGGGGACCACAUGCCUCACGAGCCUGAGGGCUUAUGUAUGACGGAGCUGGAAGGGACCUCAAAAAGCCACCUAGUGCUAAUACAUGAAAUUCUCUUGAAGAAUACUUUUGCUAAUACCAUUUCAAGAAAAUAAACCAUGGACACAUCUGUCUUUCCAUAAAACAAAUGCCUUUAUCAUUCUUUCCUAGUUAGGUUCACUACACUGUAACUUACUGGUUUGUGGCUGACUUUGGUUACUAACACGAGGACAUUGCUGUUAAACACACGAGUUUAGAUACACAAGAUACUGAAACAACUCUUUACCAAGACUUGGCAAAGGAUAAGCUAGCAAGAAUAAGGAUGUGUUAUAAAUUGCACGUAUCAGAAUCACCCACAUUCUGAUUUUUGAGGCAGGAAAGAACCAUUGCAUGGCAAGAAUCCAUCCCAUGCAAUUAAUCCAUGAAUCUGGGUGAGACGAGUAGUAGGGAACAUUCUCUCUACUCUUUAGUACAACGCUGCAGUGUGGAGUGAUGCAGUCCCAUCAGUCAGAUCAGGACUCAUCCUCCAGAUGUUGUUGAGCUCUAGCGCCCAUCAACCUUUUUCAGCCUACCCAGUUGUUAGGAAAGAUGGGAGUAGUCGUUCAGCAUUUGAAGGCUAAAAAUUUCCUACCCGUCCUUUAGAGAGUUGGUCUUCCUUUGAAAGGCUGAGACUCACUAAUGGGUCUAGCCAUGACUUAUGAUGGGUUGGUUGUAGUAGUGUUGCCAAUAGUAUUUGAAAACUAAUUCUGACACCCAGAGAAACUCAAUGCAAAGGAGGAGAGUGCUCAUGAAUUAAUAAUGGUUAAACCCUGUUUCCUGAGCGGAACCUGCUAACACUCCCUGUUUCGUAAAACUGCUAAGGUCCUUUUCAUCUCAUCACAUUGGCUCUCCAAACUAGGGGAAAAUGAGUCCCAUUUUAAUCCCAUGAUAAGUUAAAGAGUAAAUCACAGGUCUAAAAACUUGAAGAUACGUAUGGAAGAUAGGUCGGGUUUACUUUAUGAGGUUGUUCAGCCUCAUGAAACGGAACGUGUUAACAAGAACGGACUGAAAUGAAAAAACACACUGGACUCUUGAAAUAAGGAGGAUAUUUAUUAUGAAGAUACUGCAGUCACAACAUCCUAAAUCAUUUUUCAGGAUUUAAAAAAAAAGGACUGUAGUAGAAGACUAUGAAAG